UACCAUAAAUAAAAUUAUUUUUAUGUAUCAAAAUUAUAUAUUAAAUAAAGUUUCUAUUUUCAGCUCUAUAUGUAGGAGAGCAUAAAAAAUACUACUAAUUAUUUUUGCUGAACAAGCUCAACUCAUUUGGAGCAGUAGCUUUCAGGUAUGGGGAUGAGAUUCAUGGAAAUGAACAACGGCUAGUAAAAGGAAGCAAAAGGCAGGGACGAUGUCUGGCGCUUUCCGCUCUCCGACCCCCGCUUUUCUUCCUUUCUUGGGUUCGCUUUUCUUCCUUUCUUGGGUUGCUCUUCUAAAGCUAGCUAGCUAGCUCUCUCUCUCUCUCUCUCUCUCUCUCUCUCUCUCAUGCUGUAAAAACAAAGUAAAAGAGAGGAACGCAAAUCUCUCCUGAGACCUUGCUGAUUUCAGCAAAACCAAAGAAAUGAUGAAAAGUGGUGGAUUGCCUGGGAUAUCUUCCCAACCCAAGCGGACAGCCAUUAAAGCCAAAUGGAAAAAAACAAAGUGAAAAAGCCCUCUCUCUCUCUCUCUCUCUCUCUCUCUCUCUCUCAUACACGCAUACAGAACUACAUUUGGGUCGAUAGGGACCCAAUAAAGAAGGGAAAAGCUUUAUUCUCAUGAGUAGAAAUGGUGCGAAUCUUGUCUCCUAGAUUUGCCUUCUGGUACUAUCUUCCUCAUUUCCUCUAGCUACAUGGAUUUUUCAUGUGGGCUUGAUUUCGAUAAGAAGGAAGCCUCAAUUCCAUUAACAGGGGAAAGCAGAGAGAUGAGGAACGGUAGUGGUGCAAGUGGAGACUUGUGGCCAAACGGGGUCGAAUUCAACUCCGAUUUCUGGCCGAUAGAGCACCCGAUGGAGCCACCGGAUGAAGAUCAACCUGUGAAAUGCCCAAUUCCACCCCAUUCCUCAGUCAUAAAUGAAGAGGGAUUUUCUGAUAGCCUGCGGAAGCGAACUGAAGCGUCAAGAGCGAUGAACAAACAAGCAACGGUGAUGAUGGUGGCCAGUACCGAUGAGCCUCCUGCUCGAGCAUUGCGCAAGAGGCAUUGCAGAAGUACUACUAAUGGCGAUCACCGUACACUGACUUCUUCUAAUCCAUUCAGAACACUGCCACCUAUUCGUCCUCCUAAUCCAGCCCGUCAUGACCUUACCAUCUCCGAAAUCCUCCAGCAGCAGCUCAAACAAAUCUGAAUCAUGACGAUGCUACUAGAAAAAACUUUUCUAUAAGUAGCUAGAUCACCAAUGACCCCUUUCGUUUCCAGGAGAAUACUAUUUGUCUAUAAUAUGCUAGAAUAUGUUCCCAGUGACCGGAUACGAAAAUAUGAUACAUAUAUAUAUAUAUCUUGCAAUUGGUUUCCCGACUCCUUUUGUGUAGGUGUUCUGUGUUUUCCAGGCUUAUCCUAUAUGCUUGUGGUGGUAGCCAUAAGGGUGUUCUCC